UCAUGUGUUUGUCUUCUCUUUGCAGCACUAACUCCGGAGCUGAAGAGUACAUUGGAUAAAGUUGUUACAUCACACAAAGUGGUCCUUUUCAUGAAAGGAACCAAGGAAUUUCCUCAGUGUGGAUUCUCAAAUACUGUUGUGCAGAUACUCAAGUCCCUCAAUGUACCGUUUGAAACGUUGAAUAUACUAGAGAAUGAAAUGCUACGUCAGGGAUUAAAGGAGUACUCCAACUGGCCAACUUUUCCUCAACUCUACAUCGACGGGGAAUUCUUUGGUGGCUGCGACAUCACUGUUGAGGCAUAUAAGAAUGGACAGUUGCAGGAGUUGUUGGAGAAGGUGAUGUGCUCUUGAUGAUUGUCAAUCCCUCCAAAAUGGGUCAAGCAUUUCCAGUUUAGAGAAGUUUUAUUUGUACCAUUGCCAGUCAUCACCAAGAAGUUCUAAAAAAACUAUGAAAAAAGAGAAGCAAAAGAAACAUAUCAUUUGUCUAUAUGGAUGCGCAUCAACUCUUUUAUGUGCUUCUUUAUCCCAGGCCUCGGUGAUUCUUUAUUUGAUUAUCACACUUAUAGAUAAAUUUGCAGAAGCGGGAACCACUUUGACUGUUAUAUUUUGGUGCCCCCAAGUUCUGAUGUAGGUGAUUUUUAUUGAAAUGGUUGUUGCAGAUCAAUCUUAUCUCAACAUUUUUUAUAUGCAAAUUGCCGUUUCAACUUUAAACUCAUACUCGUGUCAUGGUGUCUUUUUUCUUUGUAUUUGAAAUUCUGGGUUAUCAGAGAAUUGGUGAUGGUUUAUGGCUUACAUUCAUAAAACUUAUUUGAGAUGUUUA